AUGGGUGGUCGAACUUUUCACGAAAUCGAUUGCAGAUUGCAACAGAUCAUGGAAGAGUACGGCAGUCCGUUCGGUGGCGUCUCUGUUAUCGUCGUUUUCGGUGAUUUCAGACAAUUACCACCCGUCGGUGAUGGUUUCAUUUUCAAAAAGCCACAUUUCCGAGUAACUCAUGCGAACAUCGUUGGUAAGGAGGGUUGGCUGUGGCAACUUUUCAAGUUGUUUGAAUUGGUGGAAGUGAUGCGACAAAAAGAGGACGUGUCAUUUGCCAAGGCUCUCAACAAUCUGGCCGAAUAUAGGAUGUCGGCCGAUGAUAUUCGUCUGUUGGAGUCAAGGCCUAUUACGGCCAUGCAGGCAACGUCCCUCAAUAAAAAUGUCGCACCACCGCAACAACAAAACUCUUCAUCUAUCAUACCUCGAGACGCCAUCCGUCUAUUCAGAACAAAUGCCAUCGUACAGAAUCAUAACGAUGCCGUCUUGGCCACGUUCCAAGACGAUGUCGCCGUUUCUGUAGCCGUUGAUCUGGUGGAAGGUACGAAAACGGAUAAGCUGAAGAAGCAAUUCCUGAAUAAAGUGAGAAAAUUACCUAUCGGCCAAACUUUCAGGUUGGCGUUGACCGUUCCUUUGCAUGUCAACGCUCGAUAUAUGAUAACCGUAAAUAUCGAUAUAGUCGAUGGUUAUGUACACGGUGCGUGUAGUAUUUUAAAGAAAAUCCAACGGCGUGUACCGACGACGGCAGGUAAUCGUCGUCGCGGUGACGGAGCGGCCGUUAGAUCACAACCACCAUUAAUUUCUGAUACAAACGAGAUUGACGUCGUGCGCGGUGAGGACGGAGAAACCGCUGGUGAUGACGUAUUCUGCGUUUGGUUGGAUUUCGGAGGUGGAGCGAGCGGCGUUAGUUCCGUCGGAAAAUUAACUUGCGACAAAUACCUGAAAAAGAGGCGUUUGAUCGAUGUGGAUUCACGUCGUGGACUUUGUAGUGAUGACAUCCUACAAAAUCCAACGUGGGUUCCUCUGUUCAGAUGCACAAGACGUUUGUAA